AUGCAAGAUUUCAAUUAUCUCUCGAGUAACGACUUCGAAUUAACUCUGGAACUGGGUUGCGAUAAGUACCCUUCGGCGGAUGUUCUGGAAAACGAAUGGGAAAGGAACAAAGAUGCCAUCAUAAAUUAUAUCUGGCAGAGUCAUAUCGGUAUCAAAGGAGUGGUAUAUGAUAACAUGUCGAAGCAAGGUAUACCCAACGCAGUAAUCCACGUUAAAAAUGUAACAAAUGGACGAACGGAUGAUAUUCAACAUGACAUCACAUCAGUUCAUGAUGGAGAUUAUUUUAGACUUUUAACUCCUGGAAGCUAUAAAGUAACUGCAUACCGAGAAGGUUACCUGCCACAUACAAAACUUGUAACCGUUACAACUAAACCUCAUACUACUGCACAACGAGUUGAUUUUCCUUUGAAACCUAUUAGAAUUCCACCCUAUAUCCGUAUUCAGGCCGAAAACUACAUAAAUUCGAAGAUAGAAGAUGAAUUCGAAAAUAGUCAGCAGCAAUGGUCCAACUGGGUAGAGGAAAAUGAACCCAUACUUGAGCCAAUAGCAGUACAAUGAAAACCUUGGAAAUGUGAUGACAUUAAAUAACUUCCAUCAUUCCAAUAACUAAUAUUUUCUUUGUCUCUCUUCUUCGUGAAAGCGCACAGUUUGUAGGCAGAUCUUCUCAAUAUUUUCUAGCUGUACAAUAUAAACAUUACAUUUGAGUUCACUAGGUUGUUUCAUGUAUCAAACUGAAAAGACGUCAACAGAAUAAAAACUUUUUUGAGCA